AUGUCCAUGAGCACUAAAGCCGCGUAGAUAUGGACAUUCACAUUGGCGACCUUCACUCAACCAUCGUCGAUCGAGAACUUGAAAUCAUUCAGGAACUACUUGAGGAAAUGUUGACCCAUACGGAAGCUAUGAGCAACGCUUGCGAUGUCUGUGCAGAACUGGACUGUCUCCUCUCCCUAGCGCAGGCCUCUCGAACAAACAACUACGUCAGACCAGAAAUCGUCCAGGACAGCGUCAUUGAGAUCGUUGGCGGAAGACACCCUCUGCAUGAGCAAAUCCUAGAUGCAUUCGUUGCGAAUGAUGCAAGGCUUGUCGGAGGAGCCGGUCUGAACUCUCAGCCAGAGGGCCUGGAAGAUGAGGAUGAUUGGAACAGUAUCCUACUUUGCACAGGCGCUAACGCAUGUGGAAAGAGCGUAUACAUGAAGCAGAUUGCCCUCAUUCAGAUAAUGGCCCAGAUAGGAUGUUUUGUUCCAGCGGAACGCGCCACUCUAGGAAUCGUCGACAAAAUUUUCACUCGCGUUUCGACGAGAGAAUCCGUGUCGAAGGCGCAGUCAGCAUUUAUGAUCGAUCUCAACCAAGUUUCCCUCGCCCUCCGCAAUUGCACACCCCGUUCUCUUAUCCUGCUUGACGAAUUCGGGAAGGGCACUUUAUCGACUGACGGAGCUGGUCUGUUCUGUGGCGUUCUAAUGCACCUGCUUGAACGAGGGCCAGCAUGCCCGAUGGUUCUCGUAGCCACCCACUUUCACGAAGUAUUCACGCGCGAUCUCCUCGACGUUGAGAAUCUCCCAAUUACUUGUUGCCAUAUGCAGGUCAUGUUCACAUUGGACUCUGACUCGGCCUUUAAAGUCUCCCGCAUCUCUGUUGCUCACGGCGUAAAUAGCGUGGCGCGGGGACUGUCAGCAGAUUCACAUGCUGCUCAGUGUGCAGCGAUGUUUGGGAUCCCCGCUCGAAUUGUCUCUCGUGCUCAGCACGUCAGCAACUUGAUUUCCCAACACGAAAUCGUACAGCUUUUGGAUGAAGAAAUAACCGAGAAGGAGAAGGAAGAUCUGCUAGACGCGGAGGCGGUUUGCAAGAGAUUCUUGGAAUGGGAUUUGGACGAUCAUGAGGGCGUCGAUGUAAAAGCAAGGCUUCGCUGGGUACUGGGCAUGGUUGAGGAAGGGCAAGAGCAGCAGGAUGAGUAA